UCUCGGGGUAUUUUUCUCUAUUUUCUGCGGGGGAACCCCGGCCGGCUUUGCUGCUCUCGAGUCUGCCCUCCUAACCUGUCGUUGGAGCCUACGUCCCCCAGGUUUUUUCGGGACUAAGAUUGUUGCUUUUGUCCCACCGGCUCCCCUUCUUAGCUCUUAUCUUGCCCGGCGCUGCGAGGCUUCUUGGGCGAGUUCCUAAUGGCGGACCUGGAGCUAGUCGCCAACUGCCCGCAGACAAACCUCGGGUCCAGGGCCACUACUUGCCGCAAAUGCUGCUCAACCGUGACGUGAGCUUCCCUCUGCGUAUUGGUUCUCGAGUGUCAGGGAUGAAGCUGGGUGGGCAAAUUUUGGAGGGAAUACGAAUCCCUUGCUGGCGCUGAAUCAACGUUUGCCCUGCCCCCUCUCUUCCUAGGAGCUGACCUGGUGCCCUUAGCUCAGCUCACCCAACCCCACCCCGAAUUCUGUAAUUUGAAGAAACAGGUUUAGCUUUGUCUCUAUGCUGUGGUUUUGGUUUUCUUUGAGUUUUUCAACAACGUGCGGGGCUGGCAGAACCGCGCAGUAACUUCAUGACCUAUCCCUUUACAUCCUCUUAUGUUGAGGAGUUGGUGGCACCACACAGUUUGGUUGUAAAUCAUUUUUUAUCUCCUCUACUCUAGGACCCGGAAUCACCUUCAGGGCAAUUUGGUGAAGCUUUGGCAGAAAUUAAUACAGAAAAUAUCUCUAUUGUUCUUUGGCAUGGAUGAUUUUUCAGUGGGAGGAUUAGAAUUGACCAACCAGAUUCCUGCUUUGUUAGGGAGUACGGCCAUGGCAGCUAAACUCAUGGACAUAGAAAAUACACGUGGUGAUCCAGUUAGUCCUUUAGUAAAUAGAUCUAGAAACUCAUCAGUGGAAGAUGAUGAUGAUGUUGUGUUUAUUGAAUCUGUACAACCUCCUUCAAUUUCUACAAUAGCCGAUCAAAGAAAUUUUAUAUUGGCAUCAUCAAAACAUGAAAAACCACAAGGAAAUCAUUCCAUGUUCCUGACGCCUUCAAAAGAUUUGGCUUCUCAGAAGGGAAGUGAGACAAUUGUUAUUGAUGAUGAAGAGGACAUAGAAACAAAUGGAGGAGAGGAGAAAAAUUCUUCCAAUUUUACUGAGUGGGGACUUCCUGCAACUAAAAAUAAUACCAAAGAUUUGGAUUUCUCCACUUCAAGUCUUUCAAGAAGUAAGACCAAGACUGGAGUAAGACCUUUUAAUCCUGGUAGAAUGAAUGUGGCAGUAGAUGUAUUUCAGAAUGGAGGAUUUCCAACUCAUCAUAAUCCUGAUUCUUGGAUCUCCCAGUCAGCAUCAUUUCCCCGUAACCAGAAACAGCCAGGGGUGGAUUCUUUAUAUCCAGUGGCCUUACUUCCUAAUCAGAAUUUCCAGCCUCCAGCCCAACAAAAACUUACUAAACCAGCUAAAAUCACUUGUGCAAACUGCAAAAAACCUUUACAGAAGGGACAGACAGCUUAUCAACGAAAAGGAUCUGCUCACCUCUUCUGUUCUACCACCUGCCUUUCUUCCUUCUCUCAUAAACGUGCUCGAAAGACACGAAAUGUUACAUGUAAAAAAGAUGCACCUACAAAGAAGGCUACUAUUGUUACUCCAGUAGAAUCAAGCAAAUCCUUCCAAGAAUUUUGUUGUACAUCUUUGUCUCCCUAUGAAGACAACCAGAAUCUUAGAAAAGGAUUUUUUAAUAAGUCAAGAUGUACAAUCUGUAGUAAAUUAACAGAGAUUCGCCAUGAAGUCAGUGUUAAUAAUGUAACACACAAGCUAUGCAGCAACCAUUGCUUUAAUAAGUACAGAUUGGCCAAUGGUCUAAUAAUGAACUGCUGUGAACAGUGUGGAGAGUAUAUGCCCAAUAAAAAUGCUGGAAACAAUAUCCUGAUUGGAGAUCAACAGAAGCGAUUUUGUUCCCAAAGUUGUGUUAAUGAAUAUAAAGAGAUGACAGAAGCAAAAUCAAAAGCAUCAGCAUUAGAAAACAGAAAAAGGAAUGCCAUCAGAGAAGAAAAUGAAAGAAAAUUAUAUGGAUCAUCAAAUACACUUUUGGAAAAAAUAGAAGGAAUACCAGAAAAAAAGGAAAAGAGUUUGGAACUACAGGUUUCAGCAGAAUGUACCCCAGAUACAUUACUGAACAAACAGAAUGUGAAUUUACUUUCUUCCAUGUCAGCCGUAGCUGAUAAAUUUCAAGAGCAACUGGAAAACAAAACUUCAGAAGAUUCCAUUAUAUCAGUUGUGCUUUCUGCAGAUCCAGGUACAUGGCCCCGAAUUCUGAAUAUUAAACAACGGGAUACUCUUGUUGAAAAUGAUCCACCUCAAGUAAGAAAUUUUAACUUUCCAAAAGACAAUACAGGGAGAAAGUUUUCAGAAACUUAUUAUACACGAAUUCUUCCAAGUGGUGAAAAAGCAACUAGAUCCUGGCUACUUUAUUCAACCUCAAAAGAUUCUGUGUUUUGCCUGUAUUGCAAACUCUUUGGAGAAGGAAAAAAUCAAUUGAAAAAUGAGAAUGGAUGCAAAGAUUGGCAGCAUUUAUCACAUAUUCUUAGUAAACAUGAAGAAAGUGAAAUGCACAUCAAUAAUAAUGUUAAGUAUUCAAAAUUAAAAUCUGAUUUGAAAAAAAAUAAAACUAAUGAAGCUGGAAAACAUAGAUUCUAUGAAGAUGAGAAGAAUGAUGGUGUACAGCUAUUGUAUACGUAACAUACCUGAUUUGGAUUUUGACAUGACAGUGUCUUAGCAUUACUCAGAAAAGAGCUGUACCAUAAGUUAGUACCCUUAAGUUGUGAGUCUCCUAUACAGAGUAACUUACAACAGUUCAUUAGCAAUAAGUAUAAUAGCAAAUAGUCAAGAAUGUUCCUAUUCAUAUCUACAACUAAUUGGAUUCAGUAGUUAUUAUCGCAGAUUUUACUAAGUAUAGUUUUCAAUUGUCAGUCUGUCAAUUCUCAUGUUUUUAAAAUUGAUAUUUAAGAAUUGUCAUGUUUACAAGGAGUUUAAUAUUCCUGGUUACUAUGAAAAAGAAAGGAAAGACUUGAAAUUAUUAAUGCCAUUUUGAAUAAGAUACCUGUGUGAACAAGCAUUGUCAUUAAAGUAAAAACAUUGUUUAAGAACAGAAUGGAAUCUGAAACUACAGCUUUUUACUGUUAAACCAAAUAUUUGAUUUAUUUCUUUUGAACAAAACAUUUUUCUAUCUGAGCAAAACAGCAUUAUUUCUUAUAUUAA